AUGAAGAUACAGUCCAAGGCCACCACGGUCUUAGAGAGAACUUCACACUACUUGAAGGUUGGAGUGUUGAAACAGAAGCCAGCCUGGUAUGAUGUAGUAGGAGCCUUUCCUCCUCACACAGAUCUCACCAAGAAGCCGAAGGUUUUGGAGUUGAAAACACAGAAACCAGACCCAUUCACAUCGUUGUUCGGCACAUCGAGAAAUGAUGGCACGGUUAAGACUCGUGCCAGUGCCUUUGACCGUUUGCAGAAGAAUAACAGCAUCCUGAGAAUCCCCCAGUUGGAGUUCUUGGAAGACGAGUUGAGAGACGUAUUCUACCACCAGCACCCGUGGGAAUUUUCGCGUCCCAAGACGUUGAUCGAAAACAAGGGUGACGAAUACAAGGACUGUGACUGGUCACAUAUGUUGCAGUUCAACAAGCCGUUGGACGGUGAGUCUGUCGUGCAAAGAACAUUGUGGUUGUUGGCUGAUUCCAAGAAGAACGGCCCAAAGUUGUCACUUUUCGAGGCCUACGACAAGGCCAGAUUUGAAUUCUACCGCUUGAGAAUGCGAGAGGAAAUGAACAGCUCAGUAUCCAGAGAAGAAUCGGUUAUGUACGGAGCUGUUUUCCCUACUACCCAUCUUGAAUGGGGUGUACAAAAGGAACAAGAAUACAUCGAUGUGUGGGCAAAGGUUGCCCUGGACAAGACCAAGGUAGCCCUGGCUAAUAGAGGUAGAGGUACUUCUGCCGGCUCAGGUGCUGACGAAGAAAAGGGAGCCGAAACUUCAAUCUGGGAAAGCAGUUUCGAGAUCUCUGAUGCCGAAGAAGUUGUCGAAGAAAAGUAA